AUGACGAGCAGCGGUGGUCUUCUGGCGAACGGUAACACCUCUGCGUUAAGAACCGUAGCGGUGACUCUACCGGAGUUUAACGUGGAAGAUGACGAAAUGCGUAUCGUUAGGGUAACCACUCCGCUACCAGAUUUGCUGCCACGAAGUUUUGAGGAUAUUGAGCGCAUGCGAAAGAUGCGUCAGGAUGCGGAAAGCGGAAGGAAAUAUGUCGCCCCCCGCGUGGAGUUGUCACCACCAUAUGUGAAUGAUGAUGAAUGCGACGAAUUCGAAGACGCGACAAUCAACACAACGGUGGAGUUUCUCUCACAGUUGAAAAAGCCGGGGUCGUAUUUAUUGCGGGGCCCCUCAGUCGAGGGAAAGGUUUCGAACGUGUUUGAGCACGGUAUGCUAUACAAGAUAAUCACCAGCAACGAUGCAUGGCACUUCUACAACGAUACAGAAAAGUAUGAAAUGCGGGUUCGUUUCCGCUUUGGAGCAAAGUCAGAACUGCAGCCAGGUGACGGAGUUGAAAUAUUUGCUAAAAGUAACAAAGAAAUCGAAGCCUCCCUCACUGUGUACCCGGGAGAGACGAGAAAGCUCAUCGAGGGCAAAGUGAACGGCUUCAAAUGCAUGGCGAAAGCAGUAGCACUAUCCAAUAGGAAGCGUGCCGAAUUCUAUGGACCUAUGAAUGGUAAAAUACAAUCCGAGUUAGAGCAACUUGCGGAGGAACUUCAUCUUCCAUCCGCGGAUAAACUGGAGGAGGAGCAGCUGCUGGAGCACUGCACAGCAAAUCAAGUGCCAUACAUCGACUGCAGCUUCCGGCCUUGCGAUCGUUCUCUUUCCAGACCUGAUGUCGAUGUGCACAACCUUCAGAGCCUUCCGUGGCGUCGACCAUGCGAUUACAUCCCAAAGAGUCAAUUGGAUGAGGUCCGACUCUUUCGCCGCAGUAUUGCGCCCUCGCAUGUAACACAAGGCGAGUUGGGGGACAGUUACUUCACAUCUGCUGUUGCGUGCCUUGCGGAAAUGCCUGACAAGAUCCGAGAUUUAUUCCGGCAUCCGGUUUCCCCUUCUGUUGGGAAGGCGGAGCGCAGAGUUGGGGCUUACUGGGUGACAUUGAAUUGCGGCGGCUGGUGGCGUCCUACAGUUAUUGAUGAUUACUUGCCUGCAUACCGUGAAGGCCCCGAGUACGCACAUUGUGCUGUGGACUUUCGGCGGUUGUGGGUUGCGUUGCUGGAAAAGGCGUAUGCAAAAAUCCAUCAUUCGUACUCCAACAUCGCGAGUGGGGAUCCACUGGACCCUCUUCAAGAUCUCACUGGCUUCCCAAUCACACGUUUCGACACAGACUGGGAAAGUGCGGUAAACGGGGACGAUAAACUUUUCAAACGCCUUGUCAUGUAUAACAAAAGGGGCUACAUUACGGUGCUUUACACACCGCCUCCCGCUGCCUUAAAAGCCGCACAACCAAGCGAUACCUCUCCAACUACAGAAGCGCGAAAGCCACGAGUUACAUGUAAGGAAUUGGGGCUGCAGGCGCACUCCGGAUACAGCGUGUUGCAGGUGAAAUGCUUUGAAGAAAUGGGUUUAUUCCUCCUACAGGUUCGCAACCCAUGGAGCACUGGCGAGGAAUGGAAAGGAAGGUGGAGCAAGAGCGACAAGCUGUGGGAAGAAUAUCCCUCGGUGCAAAGUGCAUGUUUUCCAAGCGGCAUGGAGUCCCCAAAAGACGACAACAUGUUUUGGUUGCAGUGGAGUGACGCCCUCAACGUCUUUGCUGGUGGUGGCGUUUGUCAUGUGAGGAACAAUUGGUAUGACUACCGAAUUCGAGGAAACUUUGUGGACGGGUACCCAACGGUGUGCUUAGAAAUUAAUGUGAGCGAUCCGGUGGCUGCAUAUAUUGUUCUUUCACAAGAGGAAGAGUGCAACACAGCAGAUGGAAGUCAGCAGUCCGCCAAGCAGCAACAGGUCCAAUAUGCAGCGCUACUCGUCAGUGUUUCCCGACACAGCGGCAAGUACGAAAAGAUGGAAUGUGCAAGUGAUGUGGAUGUGGAGAUCCCCGGCCGCCAGCUGAAAUUCAACUUCUCCCGCAGUGUAGCACUGCAGUAUACAUUUGAACCAGAAGGCGGUCCUUAUUUUGUGAUUCCGCGCAUCCAUGAUGUGAACACCUCCAAGCCAUAUGUGAUUGGUUUGCUACUGGACACUUACGCAGGUAAUGGAAUACAGGUGGAAUUUAAGGUUAUUCAUAAGAGUUGUAAGGUAUUUCAAAACAUGCCGACCUUUAGUGUGAAGGGGAUGCUAAAAGAUGUGGCCACGGAGUAUCAGAUACGCAAUUCGCGACGACCGACGGAAUGUGUCGCUUCAGAAUUGGUUGAUGAGCGGCUGAAAGAGUUCGAUUUGGGUGAGUAA